AGUUGCUGCAGUGUGUCUCCGCCGCAGAGUUGAGAGUCCUCGCACAAACUCCUCCCAUAACAAGACACCGAGUUCACCGUAUUGAUUUGUUCGAGGGAGCAUUUCAUCAGCACACGAAAACAAAACUACUCGAGCUGGCUCAUAAAGGAUAACGAACAGAAGGAAAAGUCUACACUUAUAAAAGGAAAAUGGAUGCAAGACUAUAUUUUGAAUGUUUAGCAACAAAUCCACUUUGGUUGUUUCACUAAAUUCAGCUUUAGUUUAUCACAUAGACUACAACGUUGUCUUCUGUACAUACAACAUUUUAGCCUCGCUUCAGUUUUAUUAAAUAAAACGGUCAGCUAAACAAAUUUUUGUGAAAUCAUAAAUAAGACGCAGAAUGUAUCAAGUAGUUCCAGGUGGUGCAGGAGGAACCAUUACUGAUGCUGUGCCCUUUAAGAAGAUAAACAAGGACAGUCGCCCUCUUGUGGGUGCUGGAGUUAUUGGUGUGAUUCUGGUGAUUGCAGCCGUGACAGCAUGGUGUUACUAUAUUGCCUCUCUACGAAAAGCUGACCUGUUGAAGACAGAAUUACUUGAUCUGAAUAAGGAUGGCUUUCUCAUCCGCAACCAGGCUGGGGGAAUUGUCUUGAAGAUGGGAUUCAGGUCUGGCACACUUGAUCUUGACUCCUGCUCUAAGGAGGGAGUGAUCCUUCGUUGCUCACGUUCAUAUGCCGGUAAGGUGAAUUUCUUCAUUAUGACGGUGAAGCCGAAGGAGACAGUGAUGUGUUAUCGUGUGCGCUGGGAAGAGCUGGAGUCUGACCGGCCCGUGGAACAUGCCAUGUCGUACAACGAAUCACACUGGUAUGGUGGUGCCGAGACUGCUAUUCAGCAUUGGCCUAUUGCCAUCUCAGGCCAGCAGGCACCCAAACCUUUUGUCACAAGCGAUGUGUACUCCAAUCGCCAUGACUUUGGUGGCAUCCUGGAGCGAUACUGGCUAUCGUCCAAUGCCACUGCCAUUAAGAUCAAUGACUCUGUGCCCUUCCACUUGGGCUGGAAUGACACAGAGAAAACCAUGUACUUCCAGGCACGAUAUCAGGACAGUCCGUAUAAACCUCCAUUUGGAAGGCCACCUUAUGCUGAGCUCAGCUACCGAGUCUGUGUGGGCCCAGAUGUGACCUCCAUUCACAAGGUGAUGGUUCGGAGAUACUUCCCCAAACCCAACAAAGUGCCAGCUAAGGAAAUGUUCCAGCACCCCAUAUGGUCAUCAUGGGCUUUACAUAAGACUGACAUCAACCAGGAAAAGCUUUUGAGUUAUGCAGAGAAUAUACACAAAUAUGGCUUUAACUGCAGCCACUUAGAACUUGAUGAUCGCUAUACCAUUCAAUAUGGGGAAUUUGAGUUGGACGCACAGAAAUUCCCAAACGCUUCUGCCAUGUUUCAGAAGCUCAAGGCAGAUGGCAUCCUUGUAUCUCUGUGGACACAUCCCUUUGUGAAUUAUGAAUCUGCAAAUUUUGGGCCAUGUGUUCAGAAAGGCCUGUUCGUGAUGGAGCCAACAGGCCAGCUUCCUGCCCUGGUAAAGUGGUGGAACGGCAUUGGUGGAAUCCUUGAUUUCACCAACCCAGAAGCUCGGAAUUGGUUCAUAUCCCAGCUUCGCUCUUUACGGUCCAAAUAUGGUGUUUCCUCAUUUAAAUUGGAUGCAGGCGAGACCAACUACUUGCCUUGGCAGUUCCAAACCCGAGCCCACCUCCCUGACCCAAGCACCUUUACGAGGCGGUACACUGAAAUGGCCAUUCCUUUCAAUGAGCGUGCCGAGCUUCGCUCUGGCUAUGGUUCUCAGAACAUCUCCUGUUUCUUCCGUCUUAUUGAUCGGGACUCCGUGUGGGGUUAUGAGCUUGGCCUAAAGUCCCUGAUCCCAACCGUCCUCACCAUAAGUAUCUUGGGCUACCAGUUCAUCCUUCCAGACAUGAUUGGAGGCAAUGCUUACCCCAACCGUACUGAUGGAAAUGGCAAACUACCCGACCGUGAGCUCUAUAUUCGCUGGUUGGAGCUGUCUGCUUUCAUGCCCUCCAUGCAAUUCUCUAUUCCUCCGUGGGAGUACGAUGAUGAAGUGGUGGCUAUCGCUCAACGGUUCACCGAACUACAUGCGACACUGGUGGCUCCCAGGGUUAUAGAAUUGGCUGGAGAAGUUCUAGACACUGGAGACCCCAUAAUUCGCCCAUUAUGGUGGAUCGCCAUCAGCGACGAAACGGCUUAUAGGGUUGACUCACAGUUUUUGAUAGGAGAUGACUUGAUGGUUGCACCAGUAUUGGAGCCUGGCAAGCAAGAAAGAGAUAUUUACUUACCUGCCGGACACUGGAAAAGUUACAAAGGAGAACGAUUUGAUAAUAAAGAGCCAAUACAUUUAACUGAUUAUCCUGUGGAUCUUGAUGAAAUUGCAUAUUUUGAAUGGGUUCAAUGAGACUACGGAAAACCAUCUGGAGUUAGUGCAUGUCUUCUAUUCGAAGAUGUUGAUAACUUUGUUAGGGUUGUUUUAGGGUAUUAACACUUUUUUUCACGUCAUAUCCUGGCUGUAAAAACAGAACAACGUGUGUGUGUGUGUGUUUAAGAAGCUCCCUGUUGUACAUUUAUAAUUCAUCUGUGGGAAAAGUUCCUUGGAGGUGUCUAUUUUUAUUUGUAUUUUUUUUUUGUGUCAUAACAGCAGUUAAACAUGCAUUAAUCCGUGCCUUGUACUUUAUCUGUGAAUGUCUUUGAGAUGCCAUAGUUUUUGAUCCGAUCCUAAAUGUGAAUAGAACAAGCCUCUAAAUAAACCAACCAUAGAGUUGUUACAGGUUAUGAAUGUAUUGUAAGGGCUGUGAUUUUGCACAAUGUAAGUUUAAGGGAAUUGUCCACCAAAAAAACAAACAAAAAACAAUUCUGUCACACUCCUCUCAUGUUGCUUUAAACCGGUGUUACUUGCUUUUUUCCAUGGAACACAAAGGUGAUCUGACUACUAACUGCUCUAUAAUGAAAGUGAAAGUGAAGUGGAUGGGGGCUGUCACGUGCCACAUGAAAAAAAAACAAAAAAAAAAAACAAAAGGGCAAUGACUAAAAUUUUUGUCUGUUCCUCGCUAAAAAGUAUUGUAUAGCUUCAGAACAAUUUGAAAAUAAAGCACAAGUCUAAAACGCUUUUACAAUUCUUUGUGCUUUUUGACAUUUUGCUGCUUGAUAAGCCCAGACCACAUACAUUCGUUCUUUGUAUAGAAAAGAUUCACCUUUUUGUGUUCUACAGAAAGUUAUACAGGUUUCGAAUGACAGAAUUUGUAUUUUUGGGUGACUUAUUCCUCUCAUCUAAAUAAUAAAAAAAGGGAUUUAAAAAAAAAAAAA